AUGGGCUUGCAAUUCGCCUCGUCCGAGGCGGCCGCCGCCGAGCGCCGCCCAUGGUCUUACGGCAGUACCGCUGACACCAGCACGACAUCGCAGGCACCUACUCCGGACCUCGCCCGAUCGCAGGUCGGCAACACGGAUUCGGACGACGAGGAUCCGCCCGGCGUCAGCUCGACGCCAUCCGAUACGGUGGUUCCCGCGACCUGCGCCGUCACUUCGGAAGAUCUCCGUGUGUUUCAGGACCUGCUCAGCCGAUGGUCGCAGAAGCAGCCCGUCGCCGCGGUUACGGGCGGCGACGAAGACGAGACCAGUCGCAUCCACGAUAUCGACUUGCUCUUCGGCGACACGCCCGAGCCUCAGGCGGCCGAUUCGCCAGCACCUCCCACAGCAGGAGCCGCGGUCCGGCCCGCACAGGAUGUCCAGGUUCACGCCUCCCCCGCUGGCCAGCGACGACAGCCCGCGCCUGAGACUUGCGCGGCGCCACCCCGAGCCGACGGGAUCGCAGCGGCAUCUGCUCCGGCCCUGCGUCUUCCGGGCAUGGCUGCGCAGCAACAGAGCGGACCGGGUCGAACUGACCCUCUUCUAGCUUCCGGCGGGCAGAGAGGGUCAGACUCUCCGCUUCCCGGGCCAAACUCUGGCGGGGAAGCUCUCGGUCCGGCAGCACGGUUGACGGCGUCUUCGUCCGCGCCGUCGGCAACACCGUCGGCAACGCCUACGGCCGCACCGGCCGUGCCCAUGAUCGGACCAGCGAAGCGCCCUCGCGGCAGACCCCCAAAGUACCCGCGACCCGAUGGCACGGCCGCGCCAAAGAAGAAGGCGCCUGCCAAGAGGAAGGCGAAGACGGCCGAGGAUGGUGACGCGCGGAAGAAGCCGACGACUAAGGCGGCCGCGCGCGGCGCCGUCCCGAUCACGAUCGCCGACCUGGGACGGAUGAUCCCCAAGAAUGCCCCUCCCGCUGACAUCGAGGCGUUUAUACGCAGCAACGUCAAGCUCUUUGCCGACCUCUUCAUCGCGCUGCAGAAGCAGGCCAGCGAGGAUCGCAAGGUCAGGGAGCGUGCCAAGGAGGAGCUCAAGGGCAUCGCCCGCAGUCGCUCGGUCGGUGCCAGUCCGGCCACCUCGACCAGCGCCGCCGCCACCCCCGCCGCCGCAACAGCGCCCCCAUCGCGCGGACAGUCCGCACCGCCGCCCCUCCUGCCGCUCGGCACCUCGACCGGUCCAGGCCUCUUCUCGUCUGCAGACACCGGCGCUGCCCCGUUGCCGAGCGCCGACCAUGCUCGCGCUUCCUCUGCUGCAACAUCGACGACGACACAGAAGUCGGGCGGGCGGGACUUUUCGCAGGUCCUGGCGCAGGCCUUGAGCGAGCUGCUGACCAAUUCGGCGGCGCCGUCAGCGGCCCAUGCUAGGCAGUCGAGCUCGACGGCGGCUCCGCCGCGCGGGCAACGCUCGGCAUCCGUCGGAGCCACGGAGACGGGCGCGACGCCCGCCGCCAAGCGCCGACGAUCCGAGGCCAACGUCGACCUGCACGCCACGGUCAAGAAGCGCAUGGCUGAUGUCUCUUCGAGCCACAACGACCUCCGGCAGGAGAUGCUGCGCCUCAAGGUGGACAAGCAGUUUUUCGACAAUGCGCAAAAGACGGUCGACGAGCGCAUCAAGGUGCUGCGCGAGCGGAUCAUGGCCCGGAGCAAGGACCUCCAGCGCGAGCGCGAGGCCAACCGGAAGGCGCGGGUCGAGGCGCGCCAGGUCAAGAAGGACCACCGGGCGGCGGAGCGCAUGCUCCGGCAGUCGCAGAACUUUGAAAAGACGCUCGAGGCCCAGACUCUCCUACUCGAGGCCGAGAUCGCCACCGAGGAGCAGGCGCGGCGAGAGAGGGAGGAGGCCGAGCGCUUCGAGCUCGACGCCGCGCUGUUCGAUGGGCAGCACCAGAUCGACUUGGCGGACUCGGCGAACGAUGAAGUCGUUGUGCCCAUCCCUGCCGCGCUCGGCGAUCAUCUGGACCCGUCCGAUGGCAGCGGCAACAGCGGCAGCGGCGACGCCAUGACGGACGACGACCUUGCCCGGGCGCUGGGCAUCUCGCUCAGCGAUCUUUCCAGGUUCACCCGCGAGGGGCUCGGCUCGCCCAUGGCUGCGUCGAUGCUGGCGGCACCUCCGGCUUCGUCCCCGCAGCCAUCGCUUGCACCAGCGGCCUCGGAAGCCACUGCAGCGAUGGAUCCGCCCACGCAGCCGGACCAGGCGACGGACCAGGCCUCGAAUCUGGCGUUGGACCCGGCGGACUCGGUGAUGGAUCUGUCCCACCUUCUCGAUGCCGCCGCCGCGGCCGAAGCAGCCAGCGCACCUGCUGGCGACAGCGGCCAGGAGGCCGCAAGCUCGCUCGAUGCGCUGAUGGACUUUUCCAUGCCGGACUUUGACCUCGGAUCCUUGUUCGAGGCGAGCGCUGAACCAGCGUCGCCGAGCGCAGGCGCCAACGAGUCCAGCGCCGCCGUCGUCGAGCAGCAGCCUGACGAGCAGCAGCAGCAGCAGCAGGAGGUUCAGCAACAAUAG